AUGGCGGAUAAAACUAUUUUCGGYUUGACGAACGACAUUCCCUCGUAUGAGGAUGAGAGUUUAGCUGAUAUGGACCCAAGCUUAGCAGCUUUUGAUGUUGGAGAUGAAGACAUUGAUCUUCUUAAUGACGAUACSUUUGGAAGAUAUUCCUACUGCAGCCAACAUCUCAUCUGUAUGGAAUGGUUCUCCAUUAUCCAGUCCAACAUCAUCUGAUUCUCUUCAUGAUCUGAUUCAUCCAUCUACCAAUAUCUGGGCAUCUCCUGACCAUCUCUCCAAGAAACCAAAUAACAGCACAGCACCUACAAAACCUCCUCCAGGGUUCCCCCCACGAGAGAAGCCAUACAGAAGACCUUUCUCACCAGCUUUUGAGGUGCGGCAAAGGGAUGAUGCUAUUGUGACUGCUGUACCAAAGUCAGAGACCCUCUUACCACCCAGUAGCUUUACAAAGAAAAUCCCCAGCAAUGCAAUACGUCUUGAGGACUUAGAAAAAGAUCUGGGAGAUGGAAAACAGCAUUAUGAUCAGACACCUAAACAACCUGCAGUGCGUCCACCACCAGGGYUUCCMAACCCCAUGAUGAUGACACCACCCAGAUACCCCAAUAUCCCACGUACUCCCCAUAAUACCCCCCACAUCACGCCCCAUCAAACACCUCGGCACAUGUUUCAUGGUUACAAUUCACCAAGACCUAAUAUGCCAUUUCCAAGGACACCUCACAUGGUUCCCAACAGACAUAUGUAUGGUAAACUACCGUUAUCAGCAGGAACCCCACCACACUUACAACGCUUACCCAUGGGACAGAUGCACUCAGACCCAGCCCAUUUAAUGCGAACUUACCAUAAUAUGCCUCCUCCAAGACCGAGAUUCUCCACCCCUCAGGGUUAUCCACCUAGCAACUACAUGAGACAACAACAUGACAACCGUUACCGUGACAAUAACCAAUACCGUGACUACCAACAACACCAGGCAUCUGAUCUUGAGAGAAAGAUCCAUAGUAUACUUAAUGAAGAGGCAGUCAAUAAUAUGGAUCCAUAUGCUGGAUUAAUGACCAGAAGAGAGAAAGAAUGGAUUAUUAAGAUACAAUUACUGCAGUUGACGAGCAGUAACCCUGAUAUGGAUGACUUCUACUUCCAGACUUACAUAAGAAGAAAACGUGCAAAGGAAAGAGCAAAGCAAGGCGAAGGAGUUGAGAACCUAUCAACAAGAGGACGACAACCAGCCAAGAUGACUUUGCCUGACUUUGAAAGACAGGAAAGGGAAUACAAACCAAUGGCAUUCAAAGACACCCUUGGUAAACUGUCUGCUUCUCAUGUUGCACAUCCAAGAGAAAUGGUGCAAGUACCUCACAUCAACAAAGACUCAGAUCAGGACAAACAAGGAAGUGGCUCUGCUGUUAAAGAGUCUAGACGAAGGCGUCAAAUGUUGAGUACCAUUGAGAAGGCUUUUGAUAUUUUGCUUGAUCUUGAUGACAUUGACAGCCAACAGCUACAGGCUUCACCUGAAGACAGAAACAACCUUUUAGAAAAGAAACAGGCAAAUCUCAGCAAGCUGAGUAAGCUACUGAAGCUGAAUGAUGAACACGAUGCAUCCACAAGAGCGGAGUUCCUGUGUCAGCUUAUGUCACAUCGUAAAGGCAAAGUCCUCACCAGUCGUUUACUACAAGUGUUGGACAAGAGUGCUGGAGAGAAUUUGUUAGGGUGCAUUUGUCAAAACAUUGUAUCUGUGAUCAAGAAAGACCACCAAGAUGAGGUUUUGCCGCUGUUGAUUGGUCCCUUGUCUCGAGUUAUCGAGAUAACGUCGAUGGAGACUGCCUUACAGUACUUUAAAAGCAUCGUACACGGCAGUAACGAACCAUUGUCAUUUGUACUCGCAAAGCAGUUUGGUAUUAGUGUGUUGUGCAGCUUACUUAAGAGAGCUACGGCGCUUAGAAUGGAAAUCGACCAAAAUGAAGACAUUAAAAGAUCYUGGGAUGACCUAAUUAGUCACGUCACCAAACAAUUUACAGAUGUCCCAGUGAAGUUAUUGGCUAAGAACAUAACAGGUGUCACGCCACUUGUCACGGUGUUAGGUUCGUGCUCUAGUCCUAGUGAUAUGAAUAGUCUACAGCAGCAUUACAGGUUGGCACUUUCGACGCGAGAAGAGAUGACAAGUUAAGAAUUCUCUUCUGCUUAUAAAAUUGAUAUUUAAACUAUGCUCAAAUAAUGACUUCUGCGGGCAAUWCGCAAAUAUUCUUUAUUCGUCUGCCUCCAAAUAUGGCACAGCUGGGACUAAUAAUUGUCAAAAAUGCAAUAAAAUAAUAAUUUAUACAUGAUGUAUUGCAAUAAAACAAGUACAUUUAGUAUGUU